UCCCUACAUGUGUGCAUCGAUGUGUGUUAACACUCAGACCCUGGAGAGGAGGGAUUCCAAAGAGAUGCAUACUAACCACUUCCUUAUCUGUCAGAGCAUACCCUGGGCUGAUUGAGCAGGAGAGUGAAGAUGUUGCAAGAGCAAUUGAAUUAUUGGAGAAACUACAAGAAUCUGGAGAAGUACCAGUUCAAAAGCUGCAGUCCCUCAAAAAAGUUCUGCAGAGUGAGUUUUGUACAGCUAUUCGUGAGGUGUAUCAAUAUAUGCAUGAAACCAUAACGGUGAACGGGUGCCCGGAGUUCCGUGCCAGGGCCACUGCAAAGGCAACAGUCGCAGCUUUUGCAGCUAGUGAAGGUCAUUCCCAUCCUCGAGUAGUGGAACUACCCAAGACUGAUGAGGGCCUUGGCUUUAAUGUGAUGGGAGGAAAGGAGCAAAACUCCCCCAUUUAUAUCUCUCGCAUCAUUCCUGGAGGGGUAGCCGAAAGACAUGGAGGCCUCAAAAGGGGAGACCAGCUGCUAUCAGUGAAUGGAGUGAGUGUAGAAGGAGAACACCAUGAGAAGGCAGUGGAGUUACUCAAGGCGGCUAAGGAGAGUGUCAAGCUGGUGGUCCGCUACACGCCCAAAGUGCUAGAAGAGAUGGAGGCCCGCUUUGAGAAGCUCCGGACUGCCAGGCGCCGGCAGCAACAACAGCUGCUGAUCCAGCAGCAGCAGCAACAACAGCAGCAGCAGCAGACACAACAAAACCACAUGUCCUAGGUCAUUGAGAAGAAAAUAUUUGGAUCCAGUGGUCUGGCUAUCAUAUAGGGUUGGACCUGUGCAUCGGGGUUACAGCAUCUGAUGAAAGGCAAAGAGAGCACCAACAAUCAUACCUGUCAAGAAAGAAGCUAUGAAUAAGCAGUGUAAAAUUCUUUACUAAGGCAACUCUAUACCUUCUUUCUCUGGACCAGAUUCUCCUGCCAAUCAUGUCCUUUUUACACACACAGCCCUUCCAUUCAUAGCCCUGGGAGUUCUCUAUGUGUAAAAAUGAAGGCUUCUCUAUAUGCUGCUGGCUCUGUCUGCAGACUUUAAUACUCUAAGGAGAAAAAAAAAAGUCUGUGGCUUUUAAAUAACUUCCUAGGGCCAGGGAUGGAGUGAGUCUUUGGCUUAAAGCUUUUCCAGAGAUUAACACACCCCUUAUUAGUCUAUAGAUCAAACUGCAUCAGUUCAAGGAUUUUGCCAUUUAAGACAAACCCUUCUCAUCAACAUUACCAUCCUCAUGCCCUAUACUAUAUACAUAUUGCAGAGUUGUUUGAAUUGGACUUCCAGUUCAUAACAAAUGCAAACCUUUUUUUCAGAAAAAAUAGCAAGUUAUUAUACUAUAUUUAUACUGUAUUCAGGUUGUAGAAGCAAUUGGCUUUUUACUCUUGGUGUUUCCAUGAAUUUUAUUAUGUAUUAAUUAAUAGAAUGGGGCAAUUUUAGGUCACCUUUUGCUUUCUUAGCAGCAAGGGUAGAGAACUCCAGUACUGUAUUUUUAAACUUAGGUAUUGCUUGUAACUACUACUCUGAGAUCUAACUGAAUCUAAUGUAUAUUUAAUUCCAUAAGCUAUAUAUUGUCAGAAUUGUAUUUGUUACAGAUUUAUGGUCUUUUCUUACUAUAUAUAUUCAAAAUCUGGUAAGAGAAUACUACUAAAAAAGACCCAGCUUCAUCGAAAAGUAAACACAUGAUAGAUAUAACCCAUCUUUCUGUAUUUUUAAGUUUUAUAUUUUAUGGUUAACAAACUCUGGAGAAAUGUAAAAUAUUUCUAUCUACACUGUCAUCCUGUCGUAGAGAUCUAUUUGAUAUCAAAGCUUAGAGCUUUACAAACCAAAUUAUAAUAUAUGUAAGUAUAUAUGUAUAUAUAUACAAAUAAUAUAUGUUAUACAAAACCUCAAUGGUUAUCUUCCCAAAGACUGUUAAGUGGAUAUUGCUGAGAUGAAAAGAUUGCAAAUAAUAAUAUUUUCUCUUAAAAAUUAGGCACAAGAAAUGACGAAUUUAUAUGCUCUAUAGUCUAAAUAGAUAGAUACUAAUUCUUCCAGGGGGAAAAAGAACUCCAAAUUCUAUACACAUCUAUAUGUAUUUGUAUAGGCCGUGAAGAAUAUUUCAGUAAGGAAUAUUUACCCAGGUAAUGAUUAGGCACAAAAUAACAGUUCCAGAGGAUACAUAAGAAGCAACACUGACUUCACUAAGAAGAAGAAGGGAUUUUCCUUAACCAGGUCAAAAAGGAAGAUCAUCGUUCAAAUAACUAGGUAACUUCAGUGAGAAAGUUUGUUAACUAAAGUGAGAUACGUUCAAUAAAAACUUUCCAAUUAACUUAAGGAACAUGAAACAACCAUCACACUCUCUACUUGUUCUUGGAAAAUGGAGCUAUUGUGCUUGGUGACAUUUUUCAACUCCCUCUCCAAGUUUUAGCAAACAAUUUACUAUUACAAUAGCUAGUUAGGCUUUGGCAUCUUCAACAGGGAUAAUUACUCAACAACAGAGAGCACAAGCCCACUGGAAAGCAGAGAGUCUGGAAAGCAGACCAUCAGCCACUUUGACAGUGCCAUAGUGAGGGAAUUAAAUGCCAAGUUCUUCAAGCCCAUUCUCUCUCAAUAUGAAAGAAUUGAAGUAUGAGCUCCCAGUGCUACACCGCACAGCUAGCAGAAAUGACAAGAGAGAAAUAAUACAGUGCAAGGAAACUUUUAGAUGAUAUUCUCUAAGCUUGCAAAAGGUAGUUUCUACUUUUUAAACAGGCUAUUUUUUUCACAGAAAAACCUCAACACAAUUGAGUGAGGUUCUCCUUUAUGGAAGUCAUUGGAAAUAUGGAAGUCAUUGGAAAUAUGGAAGUCACAGGAGAAAGUGGUUUCUUCAACACAUUUGCAAGUUUCAAUAUUCAAUAUAUGGAACUCAUUCAGAAGACAGGAUGUCUUUACUUGACCACAAAUGUUAUCUCAGUAUUAAAGUCACUAUGUGAUUUUACAUGAAUACAAAAGGAUUGUUGUUUUCUGUGUGGGUGAAGGAUUUUCCAAAACCAAAUGGCAAAUGGUUAAAUUUCCCAUGCAUCUGAAAUAUGGCGCAACAGUAUUAUACAGGGCAACAGCAACUGGAUCAUAAAUUUAGAGCUGGAUAGGACCCUGGACAUCUGGUCUAACUCCUUUAUUUUGCAAAUGAGGAAACUGAGGUACAGAUAGGGAAAGUGUCUUGCACAUGGUCACCAGUAAUCUUUAAAGAAGCCUGGAAUAUUAUACUUUGACUCAGUAAUUCUUAAAUACUAGUAAUAACCCAAUUUUGCACUAUAAUUAGUCACUGCUAAAUCUAUAUCACGUCUCCUGAAAAAUCAUCUUAUGAGGACUAGAUUGUGUCUUCAUAUCUAUAUUACUUGCUGAUCCUUAACAAAUAGAACUACUCUCAAGAGUUCCCAGAAGUAGAAUUUCUCCUUAAUGAUUUGGUUUCUCUGCCAAAGUAAUGGUUGAGAUUGGAUAUUCCGGUGCUAUGUGUAGCUCUUUUAGAUUUUAUUGAAUCAAUAUGGGGAGAAAAGGAUUUUGCUAUUCCAAAUUGUAUCAAUGCUAUGAUUAGCAAUAAUAUUUCAUUUGGGUAAUCUAAGAUGAUAUUAAUAAAGGUAAUGGGUUAGUGCUUAAACCAACCAAUAUUGCAUCCUGUAUCAUAAGUGAAAUAGGAACGGACACUUUAAUUGAAUAGAAUUUUCCAAAAUAUAUGUAAAAACAAAUUUUUAACAUCGAUUUUUUAAAACUUUGUUUUCCAACUUCUCUUCCUCCUCCAUUCCCACCCCCCACCCACUAGAACUCAGGCAGGAAUGGACAUUUUGAUAAAAUAACAUAGUUUUCUACCAAUAACAAUAGUAAAAUUGGGCUCCUCCCCUUGGACAGGUUGAUGACGCUUGGUAUUUAAUGGUUUGGGCCCCUUAAUUACAAGGUUAUGAUGUGAGCUACAAGAAACAGACAAUCUAAGCUUUUCAAUGGAGUAGUUAUAUUUUGAUAUUGUUGCUAUUUGAAAGAGACUCUCUGGAAAAGAGAUAAUGAGCUUAAAUUACAAUUGACUUUGGAAAGAAUAACAGACUUUUGAGCUCCCUCAAUCAUAUAAUCAAUAAGGAGCUCUCUAGUUACAUGAAUCACUACUAUCUUUUAAGAAAAUUCUAAGACCUAAAUGCAAAAUCUAGUAUUUAUGGGCUUUUUAUGGAUUUAGGUCUCUCUCUUGGAAUGCAGAGGGAUUACACCAAUUUUCAAAUGCAGUUUUCAACCAUUACACAUUAAAUUGAUUCUACCUUUUUUUACGGUGAUGUGGAAAAUUCACUGGAUUUAGAGUAAGAGGACCUGAGUUUAAAUGCUCACUCUGAUUCUUACUACCUAGAUGACCUUUGGCAAAACACUUAACCACCCGGUGCCUCAUUUUCCUUUUCUGUAAAAUGAGACUAGAUGGCCUUUGACUUCACUUGCAGGUCAAGAUCUAUAAUCCCAUGAUCUAUGACUAACUAGUUCAGCUGUCUCUUUAUGGUGCCUGCAUAUUAAAAUGCUUAUGCUAUUCUGAAGAUCCAAAAUGAUUUAGGAAUGUAUGGAUGAUAGACUGACUUUCUUUUUGUUAUUUAGUCUAGAUAGUUAAUUACACUAAUGAAUGGGACCGAUUCUAGGAGAAAUUACAAAUAAGAGGGGCUUGUCUGGGGGCAGCUAGGUGGUGCAAUGGACAGAGCACCAGCCUUGGAUUCAGGAGGACCUGAGUUCAAAUUUGACCUCAGACACUUGGCACUUACUAGCUGUGUGACCCUGUGCAAGUUACUUAACCCUCAUUGCCCCACACAGAGAGAGAGAGAGACAGAGAGACAGAGACAGAGAGAGAAGCUUGUCUUCUGCAGAUCAAAAAGGGAGCUCAGAGCAUUCCUAGGAUGUUAUCAUUUUCUUUCCCUGUCUAAGCUAGAGUGGUUCCAGGGCAGAUAUGAGACAUAAAUUUGCCUUAGGACAGUAGCAUAAUUGGUUCAAUAGUUCCUAGAUAAACAUUGAUAUUUCUCUUUAGUGGCAGCAUGGAUGGGAUUACCAUCUAUGCCAGGAUAGGGAUUAUCUAAAUGGAGAAAAUCACAGAUUCCUGAAUAUUCUCUCCCCCAUCCCCCACCCCCCACAAAAGUAAUAAUAAAUAUAGAGAGUGUUGCAAAAGUCUUGGUGCAUUUUUUCAGCAUUAUUCACUUAAAAAUGCACUAUGACUUUUGGCACACCCAUUCCAACUUUUCUAUUCAUCACCUUUAAACAUUGCACAGCUUCUACUGAUAGGUUAAAUGUUCCUUCUGAAUUCCAUCACAACAAAAAUGAUAGAUGAUAAUUAGAUGGCGCUAAUAGUAGCUCACAUUUCUCUAGCCCCUUAAGUCUCCCAAAACACUUUCUUCAUAAUUUCCCUCGAGGUGGGAAUAUAUUAUUAUUAUUAUUCCCACUUGGCACAUGAGAAAACAAGAUUCAGAAAAGUUAAGUUACUCAUGGUCAUAUAUAAAUACUAAGUGUUUUAAAGAAAAUUCAAAUUUAGCUCUUUGUUUUGUGCUUCAGUGGCAUAAGCUCCAGUCUAGAGUCAGAGGUGCUGGGUUCAAAUCAUGGUUUUACCACUCACUACCCAUGUAACCUUGUAGAAGUCACUUAAUCUCUUUGGGACUCAGUUUCCUUAUCUGUAAAAUCUCUAAGAUCCCCUUCAGAUCUGAACCUGUGAUUCUAUAUUCCAAGUCCAAUAUUCUAGCUACUGUGCCAUUCAACUUCUUUUCAGAGGUGCUUGUCAGAUAAAAUAAUUGGCAAUGAGUUAAAAAAGUACUUAGGAGAGUUUGAUCUCAUUCAAAUUGGCCACAAAAUUGGAAGAGGCUUGCAUGAGCCAUUUAAGUUAAUAACCAAUUUUGGAAAGAUAAGGUUUAACCUUCAAGAAAUGGAGCUUUUCUUGAUCCUGAGAUUUUUUUUUCCCCAAAGUAUUUGGAACUAGUAAGCUAUACAAAGGAUUCAAUUUACAAGUAUUGUUUUUUUUUAAAAAAAAACAAUUUAGUCUGUUCUUUUAAAAUCAAGUAAAAAGAAAUCCCUUUAGCAAGAAUACUUAACAUCAGUAGUAAUAACACCAUUGGUUUUGACAACACACUUAUUUAUUCUCUUCUACCUCUCUCUACCCUCAAGGAAUUCAAUAUGCUCCACAAAGCUAUUUCCUGAUUCUCCCCCAACUCUCAAUCAGAUUUUCUCAUGCUAUCCCCAGAUCUGAUUUAUACUAGCAAGAAUUUCAUCAUGUUAUUUCAUUAGGGACCCAUCAAGUGGCUACUAAGACCCUGCUGGGUAUGCCUGAGACCUUCCAAGAGUCCCCUCACUUCUUACCUGGGGAACCAUGGAAAGCCAUUGAGUUCUCCCUCCAAAGGUAUAUAUGAGCGCAAUUAUCCAAUUGGGUAUAAGAAUUGCUUCAGUAGUUGUUAUCAUAUUUUUCUUGCCACUGGACUUUGAUGACUCUGAAAGCAAGAGUGAGGCCUAUGACUUCAUGCAACUCUGCCUCACUUAAAUCCAAUUCAUACACAAGUAAAGGCAUCACCCCACAAUUUCAUGGGGUCUGCUUUGAAAGGGAAGAAUGAACAACAAUAAUAUCCCAAUAGGAGGGACCACCCGGUACCAUUAUUCCUAAUUUUCCUAACUAGUUGAGAUAAUAUAUGUGGGGGAAAUGAUUUGAAAAGCAUAAAGCAUGCUACAAAUUCAAGGUAUUAUUUUAAUAGUCAAUAUUUAACACGGUUACAGUAUCAGAAGUUCAAAAAAGCAGUCAGUGACAGAAGUAGGACUGAAACUCAAGUCAUACAGUUGUGUGUUUUAUGAGAAGGAGUGUGUUGCAAAGAAAAGAGUGUUGAACAUGGAGUCACAGUACCUGAGUACAAUUUCUAGCGUGGUCCUUUAAUACUUCUGUCACUUUGGGCAACUCAAGUUGCCUCUCUCGGUUUCAAUUUCCUCAUCUAUAAAAUGAGAGAGUUGGACUGCAUCAGGAGUAUCAAAAAUGGAGGUUGCAAUAUGACUAGUAGCACUCCUGAGUGUAGCCUAAACAAAUUAAAGUGUAACCAGAUAGAACUGAACCAAAAAUACAUACAAUUUAGAGUCUCCCAAAUCUGAAUUUGUCACCACAGAACAGAUGACCUAUAAGGUCUUUCUCAUUUCUAGAUUUGUAUUCCUGUAUUAGGCUAUAUUGAUCCCAUGGGGGGAAAAUCAGAUUCAUGGAUAAAAGUUUGGAGUAAAGAAACUUUCUGAUAUGUAAAUGUUUUAAUGCCUUUUCAAUAUUAUUUCUUGAAAAAACCACUGUGUCUACUUGGUGCUACAACAUUUGGAAGAAUUCAGUCCUUGAUACAAAGGGCUUAUUCUAGAAAUACAGUGUAGGGUAAAACCCAAUGGUAUUUAGAUUUACAGGAUAUAAUAUGACAUUUGUAAUGUUGUUCUGCCAUUGCAUGCCCAUCAUGUAUUUGACAAUUUUCAUCAUUUUUAUGAACUGCAAAAUGUGGUGCAGUGUUUCAACUUGACCAAAGUGGUAUCAUUCUGCUGGGAAGUAUAAAAUACUAGACAUAUGA